CAAACAUAGUUCCUCAUUCAAGUCAACUCUUGGUUUCGUCUCUUGUACCAUCUCAGUUUGGUUGUUUGGUUCUUUGGCCCUGGGUUAGGCGUCAUGAAACGCAAGACCAGCUCGGACUGGAACACGAUGGGCCCUCGAACCGCCUCUAGUCCCACCCUUGCGGGAUUUAAGCACCCACGAUGGGACGAUUCGACCAGUUCGCCUAAUUCACGUCGGGUGAUGAUGCCCACAGGGGCCUUAGGCGGGGGAUCGGGUAGAUCCGGAUCCGAGGGGGGGAGUGCCAAUGAUUUGGUCAUGCUCCAGCAGCGACGGAAUCUGCCCAUGGCUGCAGCCCGACCUCGAUUUCUGAGUGAAGUCGCCAAGCACGAAACGGUCAUUCUCAUUGGCGAAACGGGUUGCGGCAAGACCACUCAAAUCCCGCAAUAUCUCCACGAAGCCCGAUUAGAAGCUCCCCAUGCCAUAGCCAUCACCCAGCCACGUCGUAUGGCGGCCAUUUCCAUCGCCAAACGCGUGGCCCAAGAGAUGCGGGUCAGUAUCGGGUCCCUGGUCGGGUACAAAGUACGUUUCGAAGAUUGCACGGACACAGUCAGCCGACUCAUCUAUCUGACCGAUGGAAUGUUGCUUCGAGAAGCCAUGUUAGAUCCACUUUUGAGUCGAUACUCCUGGAUUGUCUUGGACGAAGCCCACGAACGGACCAUCAGUACGGAUAUCUUAUUCGGAGUGGUGAAGGCUGCUCAACGCGAACGCAGAGUGACCACCACCAAUUUGUGCCCCCUCAAAGUGAUUGUGAUGUCCGCUACCUUGGAUGCGGAUAAGUUUUCCGACUACUUCCACAAGGCUCCUAUACUGUUCGUUUCUGGGCGGCAAUUUCCUGUUGAUGUUCGCCAUGUCCGAGAUUCCCAGGACGAUUGGCAAAGUGCCACACUCUCCACCUUGUUUCAAAUCCAUCAAGAGGCUCCGGAGCGUCAUGACAUGUUAGUGUUCCUCACCGGCCAAGAGGAAAUCGAGACGAUGAUGCGGCAAAUCCGACGCAUAGCUAAAGAUAUAUCCGGUCCGAAGAUGACUUUAUUGUGCCUUUAUGCGGCUCAACAGACCGCCAUACAACAAAAAGUGUUCUUUCCCACAAAAGCCGGAUGUCGCAAAAUCGUGCUUUCCACCAAUAUCGCCGAAACGUCGCUGACCAUACCUGGAAUCCGUUAUGUGAUCGACUCGUGUCGAGUCAAGGCCAAAGUUCAUCAACCUAGCACAGGUUUGGAUAUGCUGAAAGUGGUAAGGAUCUCCCAAGCUCAAGCUUGGCAACGAACGGGUCGUGCGGGUCGCGAUGCCGAAGGUCAAUGUUACAGAAUGGUCACUAGAGCUGAAUUCGAUCGUCUACCCAAGGACAGCACUCCAGAGAUCUUGAGGUGCAAUCUGAGCAAUGUGAUACUGCAGAUUUUGUCGAUUGGCGUGAAGGACAUCCUGAAAUUCGAUUUCAUGCAACGACCGCCUGGCGACGCCAUCGAAGGAGCCCUUCGUCAACUCAAACUACUUGGAGGUGUGGAUGAUCAGAAUCAACUCACCCCUGAAGGCAAGAAAAUGGCGGCGUUUCCCAUUGACCCGAAGCUCACGAAAAUGAUCCUGAGAGCAAAAGAUUUGGGAGUCACGGAGGAGAUUGUGAGCAUCGUGGCUCUGAUGUCUGGAGAAUCCAUUCUGGUGACCCCCACGGCUAAAAAGGAAGAGGCUCUUAACUCAAGGAGAAAAUUUGUGUCUUCAGAAGGGGAUCUGAUUACGUAUCUCAAGAUAUUUAGGGCUUUCAAGUCCUCCAACAACAAAGAUCAAUGGUGUCAACAGCAUUUUGUCCAUCAAAGGAAUAUGACUUUUGCCCUGGAGAUCCGAAAGCAAUUGAUAGAUCUUUGUCACAAGCUUAACAUCCCCAUCCAAUCUAAUGUUGGUCAAACUGAUCUCAUUCGUCGAGCCAUUGCCGAGGGCAUGUUUGUUAACGUGGCUAAACUCACACGAGAAGGUUAUUACGUCACGCUCGAUUCACGGCAACAAGCCAGGAUUCAUCCCUCGUCUGUGAUGUUUCAAACGAAACCCGAAUUGGUUGUGUUCACCGAACUGAUCUCCACCCAGAAGAACUACAUCCGAAACCUGACCCUCGUGGAUGCCAAUUGGCUUUUGGAAGCCCAACCUGAUUACUACCGCCAACAUCGGAUUGUCACUGGCGAUUGAUCAAAAUUGUCCUUUUUCUCGAAAAGGAAAUGAUGCACUUUUGAAAAAGAAGAAAAUGAAAGCUAAAAGAAGCCAA